UAUCCCUCCCUUUGCCUGUGUUCAUCUGCUCCAGCUGUCGGUCUCCCCGCUCACUCUCUCAGGGUCACACAGGCAGCGGUUCAAGGGAUCACUUCUGAAUGCCAACUCAUCUGGGACGGACGCAGCCAGCAGACGGACACGCCGGCCACAGGGAGGCUUAGACGCAGAAGACCCAUUGGAAAAGAUCCAGGCAUACGUCCUGCUCUGUCCAUCGCAGGGUCUCGGCUUCAGAGCUCAGCUGCCUGUCUGACAGUCGUUGUGUGUGUAUGUUUGUGUGCAUGUUUUCCGCAAGAUUGCCCAUCAGAUAGUGCAUUAGUAUGCAGGGCUCUUGUGUGUCAGUUUUGUGUGUGUGCAUAUGUGUGUCUGUGCUCCUCCGCAGUGCGAUUUCACAGUCACAUAUAAGAACUAGCACUUACACGGAAUGCACAGAUGGGUAUCACUGGGACCCCCAGACUGAACACUGCAAAGACAUAAACGAGUGUGAGACCAUUCCAGAUGCCUGCAAGGGGGAAAUGAAGUGCUUCAACCACUACGGAGGCUACCUGUGCCUCCCUCGCUCUGCGUCAGUCAUCCCCGCUCCCGAGCCGUCCAUCACCCCCACUGAGCCCUUUAACCCUUGCCCGCAGGGCUACGAGCAGGACGGAGACAGCUGCGUGGACGUCGACGAGUGUGAGCGACAGGAACACGACUGCCAGCCCAGCCAGCAGUGCAUCAACACCCUGGGUGCCUUCGACUGUCAGUGCCCCCGCGGUUACAACAAGGUUGGCACGGAGUGCAUCGACAUAGACGAGUGCAGGUACAGGUACUGCCAGCAUCGCUGCGUCAACGUGCCCGGCUCCUUCUCCUGUCAGUGCGAGCCUGGCUUCCAGCUGGGAGGAAACAACAGAUCCUGUGUCGAUGUAAACGAGUGUGAGAUGGGCGCCCCCUGCUCUCAAAGGUGCUUCAACACGUACGGCACCUUCAUGUGUCGCUGCGAUCAGGGCUACGAGCUCGCGCCCGACGGCUUCACUUGCAACGACAUCGAUGAGUGCAGGUCCUCCAGUUACCACUGCCAGUACCAGUGCGUCAACGAGCCCGGGAGGUUCUCCUGCGUUUGCCCUGAAGGGUACCAGCUGGUGGGCAUCAGAAUGUGCCAGGAUAUAAACGAGUGUGAAACAGGCGACCAUCAGUGCACCGACGGGCAGACGUGCGUCAACAUCCACGGCGGGUACCAGUGUGUGAACGCCAACCGCUGCCAAGAUCCAUACGUACACGUCUCUGACAACCGCUGUGUGUGCCCCCAUAGCCAGCCCGCCUGCAGAGAUUUGCCUUACAGCGUGGUCCACCGGUACAUGGCCAUCACCUCGGAGCGCUCCGUACCCUCAGACAUAUUCCUGAUUCAGGCCACCAGCUUCCUGACGGGCUCCCUCAACACCUUCCGCAUCCGGUCCGGAGACGACAACAGGGACUUUUACAUCAGGCAAAACAAUAACUACAGCGCCAUGCUGGUUCUGGCCCGGGCCGUGUCAGGGCCCAGAGAGUACACGUUGGACCUGGAGAUGUUGUCGGGUCACCCUCUGGUCAGCCAGCGGAGCAGCUCCAUCCUCAGACUCUCCAUCUUCGUGGGGCCUUACGCUUUUUAAAGCAGGAGCAGAGUGGAGGGACACAGAUCCAAAAGUAGCUGUAAAACAUAAUUGGUCAAUGCAGUUCAGCCAGUCACUGUGAUAUUUACAUUAUCAGCCUUUUUCUACUCAUUUUGUCCACAGGAAGCAACACUUUCUAUUCAGAAUCCACUUGCGGUGCAGUAAACUCAUUGUAGCACAUCAUCCAAGCUGCUACAUCUUUUAUUGGUUUUACUUUAUUUACAACGACCUGAAAGUUUACUUCUGAGGUGAUUUUACUCCGAUCAGGUUGAAAAGGACUGAAUUGUCAUCAGAUUUAUCCGUCUUAUCACCGGCUCACCUUUGUCCCGUUAAUGUGGUCAGUAACCACUGACGUCAGACCACGGCACCCACACUUCCUCCGUCACCCUCCACUGUUCAUUAUCUGUGUUUGUGCUACUUCUCUGCUGUUUCUGGGUUUGUCAUGUCGUGUUGUACUUUAUAUUUUGAAAGAUUUGAGUCCAAAUAAAACAAUACUCCUUUCA